UCAUAGGUACGGAAAUCGUCGCAAUAACAGUUAAAUUUUUUGCCAAAUCAUUGGCUUUAUUCUCAAGGUUACUAGCUACGUACCUACUUACACUUACAGCAGAUUAUAAUUAUUGCCAAAGGGACCAGAGACCGUACAAUGACCUUUUGGGUAUAUAUCAGGUACAAAUUUAAAUAUUUAGGAGAAUAGAUGGUUUUGAGAAAGAUCAACUCCAGUUACACUUUUCAACAAUUCAAUUCCGAAAUUAAUGAACUGUACGAUUACUUAAGAUCCGAAAAGUAUAAAGACGAAGAAAUAAAAAAGAUCUUUGCACCCCUAACAGCAAAAGUAAAAAAGUCUAAUGCUUUUACCUACAUCUUCGUAUCAAUCUUGGUAUUAUUGGUCUCAGUAUACUUUUUAACAUAUUUCGACUUUAUUUACUGGCACGUUUCUGCUAUUGCUAGAAUCGCUUUGAUAAAAGUUCUGCCAUAUUUUGAUUGGAGGUACUUAAAGAACAAACAAUGUCUCAUAGAAAAAUUGGCUCCUAGCACCCCAAGUUUGCUUUUCAACUGCGACCUUUGCGAAAAUAUACGUAACAUUCACGUUUACGAAGAUAUCGAUGAAGACACUUUAAUUCAACGUUACCUAGAACUAGACGUGCCUUUGAUUUUAACCAAGGGUUUAGAAGAGUGGCCAAAGCACUCAAAUUUUAUAGACGACGUGGUUAAGGAAGAUGCUUUCUAUUAUUCAUAUCCGUGUAGACUGUCGACUAGCAUCCACAGAGGUUCUAGCAUGGCAGGGCAACUCCUAGAGAAAGUCAAAUCGUUCGAUGAGUUUUUUCUGCACUUCCAGAACUGCGACUUGGAAGCUAUGAGGGUGUUCCGCAGGUUCACCUACAGACCAAAGUUCUUACCACCGACUUAUUCCCCAGUUUUGUACAACUGGUUGGUGUGGAACAAGGAUUACAACACUACCAACUACAAGCCUAUAGACCUGGUUGAACGGGUGUCAAUUUUCAGCCAACUCUUUGGCUGGAGUUACGUGAGAUUGACCCCUAGGCUGAACUGUAAAGACGUUUGUCCAGAACUGAACAUCGCUUUGAGCGGUGGAGAAUCGCUGGUCUUUACCAACCUGUGGGAUCUGGAGUACAGACCAAAGGAAGUUGGUGAAAAUAUGGCGGUAAUUCUAGAAACUAAGGAUUAAGCCGUACUUAAAGAAACAGCUUCAAAUUUUUGUCAUGGGUGCGUAUAUAUGAAAUAUAAAUUGGUCCUUUUCAAAAUAUAUAUGUGUAUUAGAGAUAUAUUCAGAAAAUAUACGUCAUCAUCAGCAUGGAAGGGAAGGAUCCUUAUCUCAAAAUUAAAAGAAAAAAUUAACUAUUUUUAUGAGUAGGUUCUUCAUUUCUGCGAUACAAGGUUGUUUUACAAAGACAAAAGAUUGUAAACAUUUAAUAAUUGAACUAUGUAGGGUUUAGUGAAUAACGAUAGUUUUAUUUUAUUUCACUUGCAUAGUUUCUUAGAUAACAGGGAUUGAUGAACAAAAAAGAGUAUCUACAUCUAUGAAUGGCAUUCAAUGCUUAAUCUGUCAGUGCAGCCAAGCUGACAGAGAGUGACCUGUUAUUUUGCAGGUACUAUGCAAGUAAGACCUGUGUCACUGAUAAUGCAGCCUAAAACAAUUUUAACUGAUAUUGCAGAAAUCAACUUCUCUGCGGAUUAAUGCCCUCUGCGGACUAUUACCCUGAGCAGAACUUAUUUAUACCAGCAAUAUUUAGUAAAGGUUAGGAUCAUUCGUCAGCAGAAUCACCAAAUAUAUACUGGGGUUAGAACUUGCAAGUUUGAAAUUGGUAUAUGUCUGGUUACUAGAUAUUGCGGGUAUAAUUCAAUGCUUGGCAGGACAUUAGUUUGAAGAGUAUGUGUUUUCUUCAAUGUUACCUGUUAAAAUAAGUAUUUUUAAAUAUAAUUAUCUUUCUUUUCAAUGAAACA